GCCAGACUGUGUCAUUCGUGCAGCCCCCCAAUCCCGCAUGAAGUGUCUGUAUUCUGUACAGGCGGCCUCAUCUGGCCCAUGAAUGAGGCCAUGACACUGGCCGCUGACAUCUUGUCCAAGAGCUCGUGGGACCACAUCCAUUCCUUCACCAGUCACCCGGCCCCCAACAGCGUCACACGUCAGCCGCCCCAGAGAGUGCGGACCUUCUGUUCGUCCUCACUGGGGUCGAGAAGCUGGAUGCCCUCCUUGGCGCUCGGCCCGCGGAUGAGGCCGUCAUUCUGCAUCCCUUGCAGCAUGAAGGACACUGCACGCUGGCGCACAUCGUCGCUCAUGUCGGGCGGAGCCGCCAACCGCCUAGCCACCUGCAGAAAUGCGCACAGGGAGAGCCGCAUAUGUUGCCUCCUCUCUCUCCCUCUCUCUUUCUCUGUGUGUGUGUGUGUGUGUGUGUGUACUUCUUCUUUCGACGUCAUUUGGGGGUCUUUGUAUCGUGGCUGCCGCUUGAGGUGGUUCAACAGCGCAAUGCCCAGACACACAACUACAAAGAGAAAGAAGGCAGGGGACAUACAUAUAUAUGUCGAGCCACCGACUUUUCAUUAAUGCAUCUCACUCUGUCACCUGAGUCCCUGAGAUUUGGGGGCGGCUGCCGGGCGGGGGGCGGCGCUGCCUGCAUGUUCUUGAAGCCCCUCCUCGCGAAAUGAUCUGCAGUCGCACAACCCAUGCAUGCAUCCAUCCAUCCACACAGGACGGCCCCAUCGAUGGCAUCCCCCGACCGACCGACCGUUUACGUGUUGCUCAUUGGGUGCAUUGCCGCCGUGGAAGAUGCCGUCGAGAUGGUACCCUUGGUGGAUCGUGAGGCCAUCCGUGGCCGAGAUGCUGAUGAUCUGCGCCUCCUCGAGAGUCGCGAUGACGCUCUGGGCGCGGAGGAGAGAGACCUUGGUGGGCUGCACGACAGCCCGGUCGAUCAGGGAGCCGAUGAGCUGCACAGACAGACAGACGGUCGAUGGAAUGGAUAGGGGAAUGGAAGGACAUUCAUGGUGAGGUGGACGGUGUGCAGCGCAUUCACUCACUUUGACAGAAGAGGUGAUUGUGUGCAGCUGCCCCUGCAUCUGCACCAGCUGCGUCGCGAGAGCCACCUUCUUGUCCUCACCUAUGAUGAGAUGCCGGCCGCAUGUGCCAUGUGGUGGAGAUGGGCUCGUGUGAUAUGUUAUGUGCAUGCAGUGCAGUGCAGCAGCGUACUGUUUAUGUCUCCGUCUUGGGUGUUUGCGGUGUGGUCGAAUAUGCUGUUUGACUGAAUGAUCCUGACCAUCAGCUUGGUGUCCUCCACCAACUCGGGCUCCAACUCGAUGCCAACCACACGGAUCCCUGACAGACACACACACAGACACACGCAUGCACGCAUGGAUGGAUGGAUGGAUGGAUGGACGGCUGCAGUGGGUGGGCUAUCACCUGUGUUGGUCUCCGUCGCCCGCGCAAUCAACAGCUGCACGCCUGCCCAUUAUAAUGCACAUGCCGAGAUGAAUAAGAUGGACACGAGCAUCCAGAUGUCCACCGUCCAUCUAUCUGCUCCACCCAUGCAUGUACCUACCUCCGAAUUUGGUCUUGAAGAAUGUGGGUGUCUUGGCCGACUCCCCACCCUCCUCACCUCCACCACCAUCCUGACGAUUGGCCUGCUUGGCCUUGGCUUUGGCCUUGCCCUUGGCGCCACCACCACCACCAGCGGCAGCAGCAGCGACACUCUGAUAUCGACAGGCACAGAAUGUGGCUGAGUGGGUGUGGGAGAGAAGGGUUCGUUCGUACGGUGCGCGGGGCCUUGAAGUCCUUGUCCAAGAAGCCGAACGAGUUGAGGACGUUGCCGGACAGCAGGUGCACCGACAUCUGCACCAAGAUGACCAAAUGGAUGGCCAGACAGCUCCCUAUCCGCCUCCCUACCCACCUUGCGCAUGCCCUUUGUGCAGACGCUGCCGUUGACGACGUGCUUGCCGUCCUCGUUCUGCUCCAACUUCCAAGGCUCGCUGGUGUACUGACUGCACAUAUACCACACACACACCACACGUGCAUCCAUCCGUCCAUCCAUCGCUGUGCGUGUCUAGCGUCAUAUGUUUGCCUACAGGCAGCUGCACACUUCAUCGGCACGCUCGAAACACCUGGUCCAGCUGACAAACAGAAAGGGCACACCACAGCACAUUCACACGCAGGCAGCCAAUGAAAUGCGCUCGCAUGCAUAUGGAGGGGUCACUCACUGCGUCUCGAUGCUGCUCAGGUCGUCGACCAGCUUGCCGCUCUCGUCUGGCUUCCUCUGAAUGGCAAUCUUCUGCAGCCACCAACCAAAGGGUCGUGUGUUGGUGGUGGUUUGUCUGUAUUUCGUGUACUGUGUGUGCCCCCCCUCCCAUCCGCCAAGCGCACCGAGAUGGAUCCGUCACUCUUGAGGGCGUGCAGCGAUCUGAAUGUGAGCGACAUGUGGUUCAGGAAGAUGUCGCUGGCGCCGAGGUUGGGGCGGUACACCUUGCACUUCUUGUCCUGUGUCUGGUAGGUAGAGAGAUGGAUAUGCGUAUGCGGCGCGUGUGUGUUUGAUGGGGUUGGAUUGGAUCCAGUUCAGUGCACCCAACCACCCACCGCUGCGUAUGUCUCCUUCUUCUGAAUGAAGAGUAUGGGAAGGCGCCUGCACCUCUGGUCUUUGUUGUAAUGCCACCUGAAAAAAAAAAAACACACACACACACAAAGACCCACAAACACACAAAGACACACAAACGAACACGCACAAAAGCCAGAUAUCGUGUGCCUGACAUGUGUGAUGCACAAAGAGACCCACCAGUAAAAGCCCUCCGGCCGGCCCAGCUUGUGCGGCGAUCUCUUGCGGCCGGCAGCGUCCUUCUUCUUGCGCACACUGAGGUAGAGCUCCUUGGCGGCCGCGAAGGAUAUCCCUCUGUCCACCCGCACGUGGGUGUAGUACUGACACACACACACACGGAGGGAGGGAGGGAGGGAGGGAGGGAGAGGGAGAGAGAUUCCAUGGAAAUCGCCCGCCUGCUUCGUUGCUUACGGUCUCUGCGUGUGUGUGUGGAUCGUAAGCGAUGAUCUCAUGUUUGUCGAAGACCACGGCCUGCGGCUCGCCGAUGAGUCCACUGCACACACACACACACACACACAGACACACAGACACAUACGGAGAAUAAAGAGAGACACACACAUAGAGAGAGGUACAUCUGUGUGUUCAUGUUGUGGUGUGUGGUGUGUGUCUAGUCGAUUGUUUGAUUUGGUUGCUUGCCGGUAGCAUGAGUUGAGGUCGGCGAUGGCGUCCUUGUCCUUGGCACCGUCACUGACACACCACACACGCACAGGGAGGCAGGGGGGGGAGGGGGGGUGAGGGCACACGAGUACGGGCGUGUCACCCACCCAGACUGCUCCUUCUCGGCGAAUAUAUCUGCAGUUCGUCAUACCGAGCAGCACAUUGAGCGGCUCUGCCUGCGUGUGUUGUGUGUUGUGUGUUGUGUUGCGUACACAUCAGCAACUCAAAGAUGGGAUUUUGGACGGCCGGGAGCAUCACCAGCAUUCGAUUCAUGAAGCUGCGCAGCGAAGUCGUCUUCUUCCUCGGCACACGGCUACGGUUGGGAUCCUCCUGCACCGAAGAGAGGGAGGGAGGGAGAGUGUGCAUCACACCCACCCACACACCACCCAAUUAUCCACCCACCUCAGGCUCCACUAGUCCACUGACAUCGACUUUGCGCAUCUCCUCCAUGGCCUGCUUGGCAAACUCACCAAAGCUAUCAUAGUACCUGCGCGCACCGCACCCACCACACCACACGCAACACAACACACAACACGUCGUCAACCCACCCCACUCGGCACACGCCAGCGCACCGCACCCACGGACUCACUCACUUCUGGAAGGCGAAUUCCGGCGUGUUGUCGUCAUCGCUGUCGUCGUCCUCCUCCCUGUCACCGUCACCGUCACCAUCACCAUCGCCCCCUUCGGGCAUCUGCUCGUCGCCGUCCACAUCCACAAUCCCACCAAAUGCGGCACCACCUGAUGCUGCUGCUGCUGCUGAGGAUGAGGAUGGGCCGCCCUGCCUCUGUGUCCUCUGUGUCUGCUUCUGCGGGUGUCGGUGAGGUUUGUCGUCCUCGGAGCUGGAUGCGUCAGACUCGUCCUGGUUGUCGCGCAUCUGAUGGUCGCAUACACGCAAGGGAGGAGGGCAGAGACACGCGGAUGGACGGACAAAUGGAUGGAUGGAUGGAUGGCUCCUCGUUUGUUGAUGGUGUGUUGGCUGACCAUGUACUCGUCCAUGCCCUGGGCGUAGGUCGGCUGCAAUACAUACACAUACAUAACGGAGAGGGAAAUGGAACCACACACAUCCAUGAAGAUAUAUGUGCCUUGCAGUGUGUUUGUGCGUGCGCGUUACGUUGCGUUGCGUUUCAUACGUCUUUGGCUGCCUUGGAUGUGUCGUUGAACAUCGCCUUCAAGGCAGCGCCACCAUUCCUCGUCUGCAAACACACACACAUAGGGGAUACGGUGGCGUGUGUUCAUGGUAUGGUGCGUCAAGGAUCCAUGCCUACCUGCAUGUCAAACUCAGCAAGCGUUGCUUCUUCAGCCUCGCUCAUGGUGCAUCGACGAUCGCCACGAGUCAGCGCACCUACACACACACACACACACACACACAGAGAGCCAGGCACAUCGACGACGGAUGCAAUCCUGUGGGCCACGAUGGCUGGCUGGGUCGCUGACCGAGCAUCUUCAUGCGGCGUGCAAUUGUAGAGGUAAACCUGAUCUCGCCGCCCAUCUCCGUCACCACCAGGUGGAACUCGGGGUUGUGCAGCUGGUUGGAUCGGUGGCACCGGCCGAACUGCUGCACCGCCUGAUAUAGGUGACAACAGACAGACAGACAGAGCAGCCCCGGAGACACACACAGACAAAGAGAGAGAGGCAGUGGGUUGGGUUAAAGUGCUGCUCCUUCUGACCUUGUCGGCGGACCAGGGAAGCUCCAACGUGUACUGGCCAACGAAGAGACAAACAGAGAUGUGUGCACUGUCUAUACGGAGGCCAUUUCGUUGCGUGGCUGCAUACCAUGACUCGAGGCCGUCUGUUGCCGGCUCGUCUGUCGGCGUGCAGUGAGAUCCCCGCACUCGCCGCCUCUGUGAUGAUCGCGAUGCGCUUCUCGCCGUCCUGGAACAACUGCCGCUCCCUGACAGCCACAUCCAUCCAUCCAUCCAUCUCUGUGUUUUGUGGCUGUGUGGGUGGAUGUGGCUGCCUUGGCCGAUCAACCGACCUGUUGUUGAUGGACUCGCCCUGCCUGCUCGACUGGCCGCGGCUGUAUUUCCCCCUGUCGACAUACUCACGACGACCGGUGCUUGGGUUGACCUCGUAACGCUUCGAACGACCUGGACGAAGAGAUGAACAGAGGAAAUGACUGGCUGGAGGAUUUAUGGGUUUAUCCGUCUUCUAGUGCACUGACCGGUCAGCUCAGCCACAUGGCCGGGCCCGCCAAACUCCUGAAGAAUGGCGUCCAGAGGGUUGGGGCUGCACGAACGAACAAUCGGGCAAUGGAGUAGGGUGUGUGGGUGUGGGUGUGCGUGUGUCGGUCGGUGGCUUACGGCAUGUCAAUGUUGGCCAGUCGCUCCUCUGCAGGACGAUGGAUGCAUGGACAGGCAGAGACACAUGGGUAUGCGCGUGUGUGUGUUGCCUGCCUCCCGCCCUGUCCCCCCUCUCCUUACUGAUGGCCUGUUUGCGAGCGUCGUAGUCGCCCACCUCGUAGCCGCGCACGUCCUUGGUCUUCACCCACUGCACCCAUCCAUCCAUCCAUCCAUCCAUCUAUCCACGCACACAAAGCAGCAGAGAUCAGAGGGCCCUUACCUUGUCGAGAAAGUGCUCGAGUAUGAGAUGGAGGCCAGCGGUGUUCAUGGCCUCCUGGUCUUCAUCGUUGUCCGCAUCAUCACGACGGGCCUCUUGCUGGUCGGCCUUCUCUCGGUGCCGGGCCUCGCCUGUCGACCACCUGUACACACACAGAGGGGUGGGGUGUGUGUUGCGGGCUGUGUCGUGUGUGGUGUUGAUAUAUUGUGUACAUAGAGAAGAUGACGGCCUUUCCAUGGGCGAGGUCCUGAAGGAGUGGCACAAGGGACACCAUGGUGUCCUCGGCUCGGCUAGCCCCCCAUCCCCUCCCCGUACCUUCCUAGCCUUGCGCACUGCAGUGGGUAUUUUCGUGGCGACAAGCAGGAUGCGGAAGAACCGCUGUGCACUGGCCCAGAACUGCAUCGUCGCCACCCUGUGUGAUGCAUUCGAUGAAGGCGCACACAUGAACGAAGCCAUGCGCAGAGAGAGAGCCCUGUCGUGCGGCUGUGUGUGUGUCUGUAUGUGUGUCUGGCCGGCCAGCCGGCCGGCUAGUUUGCCCCACUUACAUCCGCUCAUCGUUGUGGAUUGUGUACUUGCAGUCCGGGCUGGAGCAAACCGCACUGUAGACGAACACAAAGACGGAGAGCGGGUGGCACCGCCUCCACGCCCGCACAUUGCCAAUCUCUACCUACCAUUCGGGUGUGUUUCCGUCGUGCCAGUGGACAUGUGGGUCUUCCUUGGUCUCGUUGAAGAGGGCGAACACGUCCUGCCACACCACCACUGCCGUCGAGUAAAGGUUGGUCGCGUCGUUCUUGAGGCCGAUCUGUAGAAAGGCACACCAAGCCACCACACACCCUGGUACACAUCCAUCCAUCCAUCCGCCCAUCCAAACAGCACCUUGACGACUUCGAACUUGCAGCCCUGGUAGCUGAGGGUUCUGGACGAGAACUGUACACACACACACACACACACAGAGAGAGAGAGAGAGAGACAUAGACACAAGGAGGAAAGAGAUGCGUCGAAACGUCAUGUGUGUCAUAUGUGUGUCGGUUCGUGUCUGUCUUUAUCUGCCUUUCUUUCUGCGUGUGCUUACGAGUCCCUGCGACUUGAUAUUUAUCGUCAGGCACUCCAUCCCGGACACGGCGUUGUAGUUGAUCCGCUGAUGCAGCUGUGGGAAGCUUGCAAACGGAGUGCCCGGACCUACACACACAUCAACACAUCAACAACCACACACAUGGCAUGGCAGCCACCCAUUGCAUUGCACCUGGGCGCACUCCACCCUCCCACUCACUCAGUCACUGACUCACCCCAAAGGCCCAAGCGCGACAUGUAGCCGAGAUUGCGCAGCUCUGAUGCGGCGGUCGCUGAGGCGUAGAUGACAUGCGCCUUGGGACAGAACUCCUGCUCACACGUGACAACAAACACGCCAGGAAGGAUGGAUGUGUGGAUGUGUGGAUGGAUGGAUGGAUCCAUGAGCUCAUCGGUGUGUGUGUGACGUGCCUGGAGUUUGGCCACGAGCAGGCCUGUGAGGGAUGCGCCCUUGGGCGUCAUGUUCUGGCUGUCGAACUCGGUGCCCUUGCCCGUCAACUCUGGUGCCAGAUUCUUGGCCUGCACACCCGUGGCGACUGUCUACGUGGAUAUUGGUCUGGACGUGGCGACCUUGUGCGAUUCGUCGAGUACGAUGGCGCCCUGAGCGUCCUUGCCGCCCAGCCACUCGACAAUGGCCGCGAACCGGCACAAUCUACACACACCACACCACACCACACACCAAACAGAGAGGAUCGUGGAUGGGGGUGUGGGUGUGGGUGUGGGAAGAGGCGGGUACUUGGGAUCAUUGAGUAUGUCGUGGUCGCCCUUCUUGAGCCGGGCUGACAGGUCCUCUGCCUGGCUCUUGGUGUUGUGCUUAACGAAGUACAUGUAGCUGCAGAAGAGAAUGCCGUUGCCUGAGGGCAUCAAGGAAGCGCACACGCAUCCAACACAAACAACACCCAUAUAUGUGUAUGUCUGUGUGGAUGGAUUGAUGUGUCUGUGUAUGUGUGGCAUAGCGGGUGGAUACAUGAGGGUCCGAGUUUGUCUUGGAGUUUGAGUUUGUUUUCGCGGUUGCUCAUGAAGGAGUCGAACACCGGCAUGCCCUUGAUGUUGGCCAGCGGAAUACUCAGACGCAGAUCAUCUGAACAAUACAGCACAGCACAGCACAGCACAACACACAAAGGCGUAUACUAGUGGGUGUAUGCAGCAUGGAUCGUGCGUGUCUGUGUCCGUGUGUACCUAUGUCUCUCUUUGAGUCCAUUUCGAGGUCGGGCGAGACACUGAACCAGAUGUGCCGCUGGUUCUUGGUCAGCCGCUUGUGGUUGUGCACGUGCCCAAUGAACGCCGCCAUGGUCCGCCCCUGCUCCCAACCAACCAACCAACCAACGCACCAGUGCACCACUCAUCAAUGAAUGACUUGCAUACGGCCACAGGCGGAUGCGCGUGCUGGUGUGUGGUGUGGUUCUGACCUUGCCGCUGCCGGUUCCGUCACCGAGGCAGAAACCACCCCGGUGCCCAGAGUCCAACAACUGACAACGGGCAUUCGGAUGUGGGCGUGUUGGGGCUGGGGGUGGGGAGGGGGUGUGUGUGUGUGUGUGUACCUUGCUUGAGCGUCGGCACGUGGAUGAUCGACUCCAUCUGAACGCUCGACAACAGGCCAUGAUCCACUACCCAUCUGCAGGACAGACAGACAGACAGGCAGCAAGGCAGACGGAAAGGGCGGGAGGAAUGAAUGAUGUGUAGACACGUGUGUGCACGUCACGAGCAAUUAAUUACUUGGGCAUGUGUACGAUGUCCGUCUGGCGGAGCGGAGGCAACUUGACCGCAUGCAGAGUGGCCGACUGAUAUGCGCAUAUGGAGGCAUAGAUGACGGGCGGCUGCUGGAUGGUUAUCUAUCUAUCUCGGCUCACCUCCGCCAGGACCGCAGGAUGCUCAUGACCGAAGUUGAACAGCGACGAUCGACGCACGGCCUUCAUGACCUCCUCGCCCCCACCAGCACCUCCACCCCCAGCACCAUCCUGACACACACGCACCACACAUCCCUCUCAUUACAACAGCCGCCCACGAAUUGAAGGAAAUGUGUGAAUUGCUUACCGAUCUAUCGUCGUAUGGGUCGGUAUGGUGCUGCUCGAGGUCGUAUGGGCACAGUGGUCUGUUCUUGGCCUCGCUCCAGUCCUUGGGCAGAUGCCUCAGCGGGUGGUCACCUCCUGCACACACCACACGGCGAGAAGCCGAAGUGUAUGCGUCUUUGUGUGGCCACCAUGGUCCGUCUGCAUACCUUUGUUUGCAUUUGCCUUCUGGCGGUGCUGUCCGAUGUCAUCGUCGUCAUCGCCGCUGCGCAGAUGACAACGAGGUGCCCCGCCCCUCCUCUCCCCCACCUGUGCAGGUGUCUGUGUUGCUUACUUGUCCGUCAGGUCCCAAAUGGAGCCGCCACCCAUCCCACCCCGCCCCCCGCCACCAUCAGCACGGCUACGCCCACCCGCAGCAGCGGCAGCGGCAGCGGCAGCGGCAGGGGCAGCGGCAGCAGGCCGCUUGCCGCCCUCAAACACGUCACUGGACGCAAUUUGACAGCACAAUACAUACGUGUACUGGUGGGGGUGGAGACCAUCAAACAAACCACCAUGUCAUAUGUAUGCUGUCCACCAUACUUACUCAUCAUCGAAGGGCCAGUCAUCAUCGUUGUCCUCCUCUUUCUUCACCUCCGGGCCGCCCUUCCCCUCCACCUCCCCAUCGAAAAACAGCGCCACGUCGUCAUCGGAGUCGAAGAGCUUGUCAGCCGCUGCUGCAGCUGCUACAGGAGCUACAGCCGGUGCACUCUGCUGCUGCUGCCGCUGCUGCUGCUGUUUGUGGGUGUUCUUGGUUCGUUUGGUGGACGGCGCGUUUUUGACGAGGAUGAUCUGGCAAUCGUCCGACUCGUCGCCUUCAUCACUAUCAGCCGGGCGCUUUCGCUCAUUCAUGGUGUGGCGGACACGAAAGGACGGGAAUGGCCGCCGCCAGAAAAUUCACAUGUGGUGGGAGGUCCCGCUGGGGGGAGCAGCUGCGCGCAGCAAAGAGGUGUGCACACAGGCAGCCAGUCGGCCAAGACCACUGCGGGACGUGACACUGAGCGAGAUGAUUUGCGGAAUGUCCCAUUUAACCGAUGAAAUUUUGUGCGUUUUUCCCGGUGACCUUCAUUCAUUGUGAGCCGUCGCAAUGAC